AUGACGGAUAAACUGCGAAGAUAUGAGAAAAUCGAUUUCUUAGGAGAAGGACAGUUUGCUACUGUUUAUAAAGCCAAAGAUAUCGAAACUUCUAAAAUUGUUGCUGUGAAAAAGAUUAAAGUUGGAAGUCGUGCAGAAGCUAGAGAUGGAAUAAAUAGAACUGCAUUACGCGAGAUUAAAUUAUUGCAAGAACUAAAACAUGAUAAUGUGAUUGGUUUAUUAGAUGUUUUUGGACAUAAGUCAAAUGUCUCUUUAGUGUUUGAUUUUAUGGACACAGAUUUAGAAGUGAUAAUAAAGGACAAUAAUAUAGUUUUAUCAGCAGCAAACAUUAAAGCAUACAUGAUUCAAACUUUACAAGGUUUAGAUUAUUUGCAUUAUAAUUGGAUACUCCACAGAGAUUUAAAACCAAACAAUUUACUGGUUAAUGCAGAGGGUGUAUUAAAAAUUGGUGAUUUUGGUUUGGCUAAAUUUUUUGGUUCACCAAAUCGAAUAAAUACUCAUCAGGUAGUAACAAGAUGGUAUAGGGCACCUGAACUGUUGUAUGGUGCAAGGUUGUAUGGAACUGGAAUUGAUAUGUGGGCAGUUGGUUGUAUAUUAGCAGAACUUUUAUUACGUGUACCAUUUUUACCUGGGGAAUCUGAUUUGGAUCAGCUUACCAGAAUAUUUCAAACAUUGGGUACACCCACUGAAGAGACAUGGCCAGGAAUGACUGAACUACCAGAUUUUAUUCAAUUUAAACCUUUUCCUGGCACACCAUUGAAACAUAUAUUUACAGCUGCUGGCGAUGAUCUCUUAGAUUUAAUUGCUAGUCUGUUAAAUGUAAAUCCUUUAGAAAGAUGUACAUGUGAUCAAGCCCUUCAAAUGCCAUACUUUAGCAACAAGCCAGCACCAACUCCUGGACCUAGAUUACCUCUUCCUACAUCUGUAAAACGUCAGCCAGAAGAGAAACCUAGUCUAAAAAGGAAACUGUUGGAAUCUAUGGAUGGUGCUUCACUGGCAAAAAGAUUGCAAUUUUAA